UAUCUCACAGACUCCAGUUGCUUCUGCAAGUAUCUCAUCUUGUUCAAGACUCUUAGCAGUUCACUUCACUCGCAUCAUCAUCAUGUCGACUACCACAGCAACCACUACAACCUCCUCCGCCACGCGGGUUGGCACUUUAUCCGUCUUAUCGGACUACGAACUGCAUCACUCGGGCCAAGUCAACACUUCACAGUCGUCGGAAUCGACAGCCAGCAGCACGCAGCCCGCCAACUGGCCUACCGAUCACCGCCGUGUGCCCGCGUAUCGUCCGGUCAAUCGCGGCCAGAACCUGAGCGAACGAGCGGCGGGCGCGAAUGCAGCCGAGUUUGUGUUUAUCCAGACCAUGUUACAUGGUUGUUGGUUGAAUGCGGUGGCAUCGCGGAUUUGGCACGCGACAGGAGGAAAGAUCAACGAUAAGAUCUUCCACUAUGAGAUCGGAGGAGAGUGGUGAGGGUUGACUUUCAGUUGGAGUAUGCGACAGUUAUCAAGUUAUGAAUGUUUUUUUGUUUCAGACACGUUCAAUGCCACCAGUUCAGCAAAUUAUCUCGUAAUCAGAACUUCAGUCUAUAAUAUAACUAUUUGCUC